GACAAACCUUCACGGCAUAUGGACUGCAUCAUAGCACAGUGUCGACAUUCUAGCCGUUCACUGUGUAGCCGUCACAGUGAAUGACUAUACCAAAACAGGUUAACUUGAUCUGUGGAACAAGGAUUCAAGAUGGCUGACAAGAGCAGGACAGAGCUACCAACCAAUAUGGCGGACACUGACCAUCAAAGGUUUGAUGAUGAAACAAUCGUCAACAGAAUCCAAUAUUGGGGACGUAUUGAUUCAAAUAAGCCCGCAUUCAUCUUUUGGAGUUCAGGUGGAAGGUUCGUCCUUUCGAGGGGGGACGUGUUGGACAUGUCCAGUAGAUUUGCACAUAGACUGACCAAGAUGGGCUUGAAGCCUGGUGACGCCGCCUGUGUUGCUCUCCCAAACAGUCCCGAGCGAAUAGUUGCUGAGUUCGGAGUACAACUGGCUGGAGCGGUGUCAAUGAAUGGCCAAGUUCUUCGAGAAGAUGGAUCUGAUCUUGCUGACAGCAUCAAACGGACAGGAUGUAAGAUCUUAAUUUCCGAUCUUGAAGGACCUGACAGCGGUUGGAACGUGUUACGGAAAUAUUUUUCUGUCCUGGAAUCAGGAAUGGGCCACUUAAAGGUUCAGUCGGACCACGUCAGCCCAUUGGAAAUUGUUCAGCUUUGUCGAAUUAAAAGGGACAAGGAUGGCUUCUUGGCAAGUUUGACAUCAGAACCGCCAUACGUCUAUGAUGGCUCAAAGUCAACGGACCUUGCGUCAAUAUUUACAACAUCUGGCAGCUCUGGGUACUCGAAACUUGUGAAACAGUCACACAGAAACAUCCUGAACAAUGCAUAUCUAUUCACUAAAAGUGCUCAGGUUGGUACAGCUGAAAAGAUAUUCCUCUCCGCACCUCUGGGUUGGAUAGGCGGUUACCCAGCUUUCUACCUAGGUAAUGGAUGUAUUCGUGUUUUGGUUGAUGUUGGAGCAGGACCAGUGGCAGAUCUGGCUUCUCUGAUAUGGAAUAUCGUUCAUGAAGAGGACGUAAGCGUUUUCGCCGCCAUGCCAUUUCACAUUGAACUCUUGUACCAGAAAGCUAAGGAGAAGGGGUUCAAUAGACCGCCGUUCAAGAACCUGAUGUCCGCAGGCCAGCCGAUCAAGCAAGAGAACCUUCGAGCAUUAGGGUUCCUAUCAGACUCGCUUCAGACAGUCUAUGGUUCUACUGAAGUAGGACUUGCUGCAACGUUGAAUGUGAACAAAGACAGUGUUGAUGUCUUCAUAGACAACACCGCAGGGUAUCCUGUCCCAGGUGCACAGGUGAAAGUAGCCUGUGAGGCUGAAGCAGCUCCAGAGAAUGAGAACCGAGGAGAAAUCCUUGUGAAAACUCACACACUCAGUAUGGGUUACAUCGGUGAUGAAAGCAAAGUGUUGCCUAUGUCAGAUGGCUGGUUCCACACUGGUGAUAUUGGAUAUAUGAAUAAAGACGGAAGUAUUGUAGUGGAGGGAAGAAGUUCAGACGCCAUCAUGCACGGCGCCUACAUCAUCUACCCGACGUGGCUGGAGAAGGUGCUGGUGCCAUGUCCUGGAGUGCAGCAGGUGGUCAUUGUUCCAGUUCCUGAUGAGAUCAUGCAUCAUGAGAUCUGCGCAUGCGUGAAGCCUGAACCGGGUGCUGAAAUAACGGCGGAGGAUGUCAUCGUGUUCUGCAAGAAACAAUUUGCACUUGAUCCGUCUUCAUCUCUCAACGUUGUCCCGAAAUACGUCCUCUUCUUCGACAACUUCCCACUUACCAGAACCAGUAAACUAGAUCGGAAGUCACUGACAGCAGAAGCGGCGUUGAAGCUGAGUUAGGAACUCCUGCCUUUUGCUGAACGCUGCUGUCAGCAACAUCCCAGCCACGUAACCAGGGCCACAGAAUAUAACACAACUUCGGUAUCAUACUGGGAACGCUAACCUUGCUGUAUCCUUUUAAGAUACCCUCUAGAUAAGCGGACAUUCUUAUAAUAAUAGCAUAUUUAUACCGCGCAUAUAUCCAUGCCUAAGCAUGCUUAAAGGGCAUAAACUGUUUUUAUUAUUGCCCCGGAUAACCCAAGCUGUCUGUGAAGUGCUAGGAGGUUAAUGGUUACAUGACUUAUCUCAUCGGCUACCCAUUUUCUGCUGGAUGAACUCACUUGCUUAAGGUGAGACUACAUGUAUCACAUGUGCUUCGGUGUGGGGCAGUCCUAGAAACUCUCAGGGGUGAAGCUGCCAAACACGGUCACCCAUCCAAAGACUCCCCGCGCACAACGUUGCUUAACUUCACCAAACUUAUGACGCCUUUCAUACGGACAACUCUUUUGAUUUAUAUAAUCUAGAAAAUAUUAUUUAAACUAAUAAUUCUUGCCUUUGAGAAUAAAGAAGUGCCCAUCAUGCAAUAUAUGACGGUGGCCUGUAAAUAUUCAAGUCAGGGACAGACACACAGACAUAUACCAAUAUUUGCAGUCGGUCGAAUCACCGAGCCUGACCACCCAGUCAGUCUUCGCAUACGGUCAACGUAGACAAACUGCAGUACAAAACAAAGUGCACACCAACUUUAGGAUCAUGUUCCAAUAGACAAAGUAAAUAGUUUAAGUUGUGUGACUGUUACUUAGCGAGCGGAGACGACGUUUUGGAAGGUGGCAGAUGGGGGCUUCGGCAACCCAUAUUGCCCGAACUCUCGGCUGACGCUCGGCUGCACAUCAUCAGACUAAUUAGAUGCAUUUUACCAGAUAAAAUAUGAUCAUAUUUAGCCAGAGAGGUGGUGGCUGGUAUGUUAUUGGUAGACAGGAAAUGAGGUUGUAUUCUUCAUGGUUUAAAGGACUAUGAUUAUGUAUUUUCAUGAUUUAUUAAUCAUAUAUUGCUAGUUUGCUCAGUGGAAAUGUAUUCGUAUAAAUAAACUGAUUGUUAGCAACACCUGAUUUUCUUUAAUAUUAUUAAUUAUGUUAAUACAUUGUUACAGGUUAAAUCAAGUCUUAAUGAAUGGUUGUGUCAUUUAUGUUAUUUUAGAAAAAGGUUCCACACGUCUUAAUCUGACCAAAUGUUUUCUUAUGAGCUAAUAUUGGUUUUAUUUCUAAAUUUAUGUUAAAUUCUUUAUUUCAGCUUCGUGAAUUAUCGUUGUUUGAAGCAAAGUAUUAUAUAUUUUAUGCAGCAUAUUCUUACUAUUGAAGAGUGAAAUAAAUGCACCACAUCGCAUCCUAAA